AUGACGGCCGUCGCGGCGCCGCCGCCGAGGCAGCUGAGCCUGGAGGACCUCAAGGCGGUGUCCGUGCUCGGGCGCGGCGCCAAGGGCGUCGUGUUCCACGUCGUGCACGCCCCCGGCGGGGAAUCGGACGGCGACGGCGAGAGCGGCGCCGCGGCAGCGGCCAUGGCGCUCAAGGCGGUCUCGCGGGAGGCCGCGCGGCACAAGAAGGCGGCCAGCGGAGACGGGGACGGCCACCGCCGGAUCUGGUUCGAGCGGGACGUGCUCCUGGCGCUGCGCCACCCGCUGCUCCCCUCCCUGCGCGGCAUCCUCGCCACCGACGCCGUCGUCGGCUUCGCCAUCGACCGCUGCGGCGGUGGGGACCUCAACUCGCUCCGGCGGCGGCAGACCGAGAAGAUGUUCUCCGACUCCGUCAUACGGUUCUACGCGGCGGAGCUGGUGCUGGCGCUCGAGUACCUGCACAGCCUCGGCAUCGUGUACCGGGACCUCAAGCCGGAGAACGUCCUCAUCCAGGACAGCGGCCACAUCAUGCUCGUCGAUUUCGACCUCUCCACGCGGCUCCCGGCGCCGCCGCAGGAGCCGGACGCGCCGGUCACCAGUCCCAAGCCGGCGCCUCCGGUCACCGCGCCGUCGCCGAGCCGCGGGAGAGCAAGGAAGCCGGCGGGCGCCGCCCUGUGCUUCCCAUUCCGCACCGGCAGCGCCGCGAAGCCUGCCGCGAAGCCGGCCACGGACUCGCCGUCGCCGCUGUCCACCUCGCGGACGGCAUCCUCCUCGUCGUCGUCCUCGACGGCGACCACGGCCUCCUCCUCAGCGGCCUCGGCCGGCGCGCGGACUCCCGCGAAGUCCAACUCGUUCGUGGGGACGGAGGACUACGUGGCGCCCGAGAUGAUCGCCGGGCGCGGCCACGACUUCGCCGUGGACUGGUGGGGCCUGGGCGUGGUGCUCUACGAGAUGCUCUACGGCCGCACGCCGUUCCGGGGGCAGAACCGUAAGGAGACCUUCUACCGCGUCCUCGCCAAGCAGCCGGAGCUCGUCGGCGAGCAGACGCCGCUGCGGGACCUCAUCGCCCGCCUCCUCGAGAAGGACCCCGAGAAGCGCAUCGGCGCGCGCGGCGUCAAGGCCCACCCCUUCUUCCGCGGCGUCGACUGGGACCGCAUCCUGCAGGUUGCGCGCCCGCCGUUCAUCCCGACGCCGCCGCCGCAGGACGAGGACGGCGACGAGGCGCUUGACGUCGAGAAGGUCGUCCGCGAGGUGUUCGCGUCCAAUGACGCCGAGGCAGCAAAGGCGGGCGAGGGCGGGAAGGCCUCGCCUGUGGCAGACGGAGGCCGUGUCGGCGGCGACGGCGACGGGAGGAGAGAUCAGUCCAAAGAUGGUGAUUUCUCCGUGUUUUUCUGA